GUGUGAGGAUGUGAAAAGUGAAGUGUAUUGGCAUUCUCUAAAGUUUAGUGCGGAAUUAAUUGCUUAAUUGAUUAAAACAAUUAACGAUUAUGAACGUCGAUUAACUACCAAACGCUAUGGGAAAAGAAUCGGAAUUAUUUAAAGCCGUGAAGGAGGGUGACAUUGUCAAAUUACAAAAACUGAUUCAAAGUGACAGAAGAACUUCAUUAAAGAAAGGUGGUGAUGGGGGUAAAGGACUGGAUGUUAAUUCUAUUGAUAAAGAAACCGGUUAUACACCCCUCAUUACGGCAACUCUAGCUGGAAACAGGAAGUUAGUAGAGUAUUUGAUCGUGAGUGGAGCCAAUGUAAAUAUACCUGAUAUUAAAGGAAAUACACCGUUACAUUUAGCUGUAUUUGCUGGUAGAGUGGAAUUGAUUGAUAUUUUCUUACAAAGAUCAAAUAAAAAGAUCACCCAGAAUAAAGAUGGUAAUACACCGUUGCACAUCGCCUGUCAAUCCGAUCUAGAGAAUAAAUUAUUUGUUAUAAACAGACUUCUGCAUGCUGAUGCAAGACAGUUAAAUAUUCGUAAUAAAGAUGAACUAACACCUUUAGAUGUAGCUGCCAUGUUUAAUAAAAAAGACGCUGUUUCAAUUCUCUUGGAUUUCGAUGAAAAGAGAACGAAUAAUACUCAUGCGAUAGUUGCUGCAGCGAUAAGGGGUAAUAAUAAUGUCGUAGAACUACUGUUGAAUUAUGGCAUAUCACCGAAUUCUAUAAGUGAAAUAUCUGGUUCGGGUCCAAUGCACGAAGCGGUUAGAUUUUACAGAAUCAACGUGUUUGAAGUUUUAUUAAAGUUUGGUGGAUCUCCAAAUUUAAAAAAUUCCCUGGGAGAGGUACCAGAGAAUAUGAUCAAAGAUUUACCUUUACCUACCGCUAGAAAAUUUGCUCAACUAAUCAAAGAUUUAUCUUCUGCUCCACCACAAAUACCCAAAUUUACCAACCUUAGUCAGAUGCAGAAUAUAUCUAAAGAUAUCAGCAUUAAUUACCCUGUGUUGCCAUGUAAUAAACUAUGGACAGAUAACUCUGAGGUGUAUUGUAGCAGUUGUACAGAGAAAAACCCAAAUACACAUGCAAUAGAUGAUAAUCAUCAAACGUUUUGGGUAAUACCAGAAGUUCACCACGCAUGGACUGUUCUUGAUUUACAGUAUGACCACAUGAUAACCGGCAUUACCAUAUAUGGCUGGAAUAGUCCACAGAUGGUGAAAACAUUUCAGUUACAGACAUCAGACAAUAUACAGGGCCCGUGGAUGACGUUCUUCAGUGGUCAGUGUGUUCAAUCGGGGAGCGAAGAUCCCAAAGUAGACGGAACACCCCAGACAUUUUCUGAGUUCUCUGUUAAGACUCGUUAUUUAAGAUUUUAUAUUCUGGACAAUCAUGGCGGCAAGUCGAUAUGUUUUCAAGGGCUACAACUCUAUGGUGUUGAUUGUCGUGUUAUAGAAACAUUUUAUAAACUUGGUUUUGCUCAGUACUCUGAUACUUUUAUAAAUAAGGGUUAUAAUAAUUAUAGUAAAAUGUUAGAAUUAACAAUGGAAGACAUAAGAGAAGUUAUACAUGAAGAAAUGGAUAAUUUAUGUCUGUAUGCAACUAUACAAGAAUUUAGGCAAAAAGAAUAUAAAGUAAAUAAAAUUAGUUGGUUACGAGAACCAGCGUUAAGUGGUGUUACCAAUCAACCACUUCCAGCGUUCAGUGUAAAGUGUGAUCCUAUGGCAUCUAGUCAAGUUUGUGUCAAGGUCAUUGGUGAUGAGGUAAUUAAAGGUGUAACUAGUGUAAAUCUGGUUCCCAGUACACUUCACGAAGCUUCUGUAGCCAUCUUUGAUAAUAUCACCAUAACCAAAGCUGGGUCAUGGCAGAUAUUAGUUUAUAGUAUAGAGAAUACAGAUAUUCAUAUAUUGGCACCUCAAGUUAUUACUAUUAAAUCAGGAGGAAGACCUUCAAGUGAAAUCGAGGCUCAAUUUGAUGAAAUUCAACGAAUGUUAUUUGAGAUGCAGGCAUCCCUGAAAUAGAAGAAAACAGAAGAAAUUCCAGGGAUAUUAUCAUAUUAUUUAUUAUUAGAACCUUGUGCAAUUGGUUGUAAGGCAUGUAAUUAAUCAAGAAUGGCAAAUUGAUAGCAAAAUAUUACAUAGUGCUAUUUAGUAUUUAUUGGGUUUUUCUGUAUAAAAAGACAGGAUUUUCAUUAUUCAUUUUGUUCAGUUAGCAUUGAAAAUGCUUAGUUCAGUAAUCUACCUAUUGGUCAAACUGCAUGCUGAAAAAUUCUAAUUUUUUAGUGAAAUAUUUUUUUGUUAUAAUUUGUUAUAAUUUCACUACAUAUGUUUAUUAUUAAAAACUAUCAUAAAAUAUAGUCAUGUUAUUCUAGAAAUGCUUUUGAUAACUGGGCCUUAUUCACAACAUUUUAAACUAAAAUACCAUGGGCCUUAUUCACAACAUUUUAAACUAAAAUACCAUGGGCCUUAUUCACAACAUCUUAAACUAAAAUACCAUGGGCCUUAUUCACAACAUCUUAAACUAAAAUACCAUGGGCCUUAUUCACAACAUCUUAAACUAAAAUACCAUGGGCCUUAUUCACAACAUUUUAAACUAAAAUACAUGGACCUUAUUCACAACGUCUUAAACUAAAAUGAUUUAAAAAUGACACCUUUUCAUUGGAUACAAUUUUUACUAGGACUUUAUUUCGCAGCCAAUAAAAAAUGCUGAAUAUAAAAUGUUUUGGUUUGAAUAUUCGUUAAUAUGGCCCUUAGCAAAUAUACAUUUUGCCAUUAAACAAGCAGUAUAUAUGCAUGCAUUAAUAUUAAUAAUUAAUAUAAGCUGUUGAUGUACCCGACAAGCAAGUUGAUUGAAUUCUUAAUGAACAAGUAAUAAUCAAUUUAACUCAUUGUAAUUUAACUGAAAGUAGAUUGAUUUAUGAUAAUAACAUAGUGGCUGGUUCAUUGUUUUACCAAUCGGCUAGAUUAAACAUUUAUCAGCAAACAGCGGAUUAAGAACAGUGCUCUAUGCAUACUCUUAUUGGAUAUUCUCAGUAAGGUGUACCAAUACAGCUUUUAAAUUUCCAAUAGCAUAUAUUAUCAUUAUUCAGCACAAAUUGGUUAUUUAUAUCAUAACUACUGACAGUUGUUAGCUUUUUCUUGAGACCUGGGAAUAAAGCACCAGUCACAGACAAUGUCAGGCAUCAAUUCAGACUUUGUCAGGCUCAUUCCCUCUGGUACAGUCAUUUUAUCAGGUUCUUUCCCUGUUACAGUCAUUUUAUCAGGUUCUUUCCCUGUUACAGUCAUUUUAUCAGGUUCUUUCCCUGUUACAGUCAUUUUAUCAGGCUCUUUCCCUCUGGUACAGACAUUUUAUCAGGCUCUGAUUUGUAUUUUUUCUGGGUAUUUGAUAUUUUAUCAGGCUCUGAUUUGUAUUCCCUCUGGUACAGACAUUUUAUCAGGCACUGAUUUGUAUUUUUGUGGUGUAUUUGAUAUUUUAUCAGGUACUGAUUUGUAUUUUUGCGGUGUAUUCGAUAAAUAAACACAAAAAUAUUAUAUGUAACAAUAUUACUAUUUUAAUUAAAGCAACGUUCCGUUGACGGUUCUGUCAACGUUAUCAAGCAAAUAUUACGUGUGUCAGUUGCUAAAUACUGCUCAAAGAAGGUAUUUGAUGUUAUUAAUACAUGUAACGUACUAGUUCAGUAAUUCCUGUUAUUUUGUCAGGUAUAGCUAAAACCGUUAUUUCCAUAAUGCCCAAUCUGAUUUAAAAACAGAUCCUAUUUCGUUUCAUUUUUUGUAGUUUAAAAUUUUGUUUUACUAGUCUUUACUACACUAGGAUCUAGAAGAGUUGUUAUAUAACCCGCGUUCUGGUUGAAGUAAGGGAUUAGCCAAUGAAAUGGUCUGUUGCAGCGAUGCAUGGAACUGUGGGUAUUCCACUAGAAACAUCACCGCUGAUUGGUUAAUCAACGAAACGUAAUAUAGAUCUGUAUUUUAAUCAGAUUGCAUAAUGCCAGGCCCGUGUACUUUGUGAAAAAUUUAUUUUUAAAAUAUUGCAGCUUUUCCAAUAAAACUUUGUUCCUCAUGGCAUUGCCAGUAUUUUAAAAUACCUCUUCCUGUUACUUGUAAAUAUGUCAUGCCUUGUGUUUUGAACGGUUGUUGUUUUUUUUUUCUUUUUUAAGAAAGUGGCUUUAUAUAAUUAUCUAUGCAAAUUUUUAUUUUUUUCUAUUUAUCUUUAGUGUUUAUUGUAUUUUCAUUUGAUUUUCCUACUUUUUGUCUUUUUUUUGAUGACACUACAGAUUUGCUUGUGGUAUAUUAUGAUAGCUUGUGGAACUUUCCAUAAGUCAAUUCUUUUACAGGAAGAAAUGUUUUUUUUUUUAAAUUAACAUAUUUCCAGCAUUAAUAUCUAGCCAGCAUUGUUAGAAAUUCUGAAACAAAAUGUUAAACCCAUUCCUAACGAGGGUUGGGUGAUCGAUCAUGCUUUAGAUUGUAAGAUCUCUCCAUGAGUCAUAUGGUGUGGGUUCGAUCCCAGGCCUGUUUAACGGUGUAGAGAUUUCCGUUGGAUCAACACCAGGAUACUAAUUAUGCUUACUUUUUUUAGUUUAGAUAAUAAGGCCCCUAAGCUUGUACGUGACGAGGAUUAGGAUGGCCUGUUCAACCUCAUGGGUUUUCUGUGGGUCAUCAGGUUUCCAGUCACUAGAAAAGAACCUUAUGCUCAAGCGAACUAUUGAGAUAAUAUUGUACCAUAUGUUAGUCCCAAAUUGACCUGGUUUGUGUCAAGUGGACAUUAAACCCCCUUUUUUCUCUCUUUCUUUCUCCAUUCCAUUCCACUUUCCAUUCCAACCCAGAUGCUUCAUCAAUGAUGGUGAGAACAUUCAUUCAUUAUCAUUUAUUGUUUAUUAUCAUUCCAGUUGUUAACCUUAGUACGAUAGAGGGAUGCAAUCUCUGAAUCGACUUUAAUUAUUUUUUCUUAAGUGCAUUUUUAAUUAAAACAUUUUCUUUAUCAAUAAUAAUAAUGUACAUUUAUGAUUGCGCUCACUCCAUCCAUAUUGCAUGCUCUAAGUGCAUGGAAGAUAAUAGCUAAUCCUGAUAAAUAGUCUAAAGAUUUUAUUUAUUCAAAUAGAUUUUCAACCUGAACAUUUUCAUUAUUAUAAAAGAGUGUGUUCAAAAUACUUUCUUUAUUUAAAUACAUAUUUUCACUUAAACAUUUUUAUCUGGUCAGAUUGUCUUCUUGUUUUAAACAGGAACUAUGUAAGAGCUAAAUCUGCCUAUUGCGGGCCUUUAUUUGGGUCUUAAAUGUUAUGUAAAUUAUUAAUUAGACAUUUAUUAACAUGACAAGAACCAUAUAAUCAACUCUCGAUGCCAUCUGAUGGCCCAGAUUUUAAGUAGAUUAGAACAGUUGGCCAUUAAAUGAUUUAAUUUAAGAAUGGAGAAGCGAGGCUAAGAUUUGAAUGACCAGUACGGUUGUUACGAUCAGUGCACUUGUCAAAACUACAACCAUUGAGAACUUUGCUCAAAAUAAAGUAAUUUGAAUGAAAUUUUCAAAAUAUUCAUUUUGCAUUAUCUAUUUUUGAAAUAUUAUAGCGAGAACGGCCAGCUCUUUAUCUAAAUCUUACAUAAUGUUAAGCCAAAUGAACAGCCAAAUGAAAUGGGUUAAUACAUGGACGGCAGAAGCCAGGAACUUGAUUUAUGAUAAGUUUUGCCCUCCCUAGAAACGGGAUAUCACUCUCUGUGGAAACGAUCGGCAGAAACAAUGAACUUGUUGAUUUAUGAUAAAUUUUGUUCUCCCUAGAAAAGGGAUAUCACCGUUGGUGGAAAUGGACGCUAAGCCCUAAGUAGGAAUUAAUGAAAUGGGUUAAUAAAUGGAGGGGAGCAAAAAGGGAUCUUGUUGAUUUAUGUAUAGUUUAUAUUAAAGAUACAUUAUGGGAGAUUCGGUAACGAGUUGGCAGUUCUCACUAUAAUAGUUUAAAACUAAAUAAUGUAAAGGCAAUUUGCUGAAAAUUUCACUCAAAUUGAUCCACAAUGAACCGAGAACUAAGCGACUGAAAUUUCCCCAUAGCCUCGGUCAUCAUUACUAAAGUCAGUACAAUAAACAACAUAGUCUCGAUUAUCCAUUUAAUCGUUAAAUCGAGAAGGAAAGUUAUGCAGUAAAUCGGCUCACAAUCCACUAAAGAUCGCAGGCUAGCGCUGCCAUCUAGAGUUGAUUAUGUCCUGGAUAAGUUAAUUAAUGUAUAAUUAAUAAUUUAGAUAACAUUUCAGGCCUAAAGAAAGAUCUGCAAUAGACAGAUUUAGCUCUUGUAUAAUGCAUGUUUAAUUCUAGGAGAUUAUAUCCCUGUAUAUUGACAAUAGUUAUUUUCAAUCUGAUUAAAAUUCAGGGCCCUGUUUAUUGAAAUCUUAACUAAAGAUAAAAUCCAAAUUUUAAUAGAUACUUCAAUUUUGAUUGGCUAAGCACUAAAAUUAAUCUAAUAUUAUCCAAUCAAAUUACUAAAAUUUGGAUUUUAUCUUAGUUAAAAUUUCGUGAAACAGGCCCCAGAUCUAUUAUUUUGUUUCAUUUUUUUUUUAUACUUUGGACAGCGUCCACUACAUAAUAUCUCACCAGUUGUAGUGGCAAGUCACCUCAGAGUCAUACAAGUGACUUUCAAUUAACCAGUCAGAUUCUCUGUUUCAAUAGUCCCGAAAUGACCUAGUUUGUGUCGAGUGGACUUUAAACCCCAUUUCUCUCUCUCUCUCUCUGUUUCAAUUGAAUAUUCAGAAACACAACUUUUGCUUUGUUUUUAACAGAUCCUGGUGUAGUGAACACAAGUAAAACGAAACAAAAUAGGAUCUGUGUUUAAUCUGAUUGUAGUUGUUUUAUAUCGUCGGUGAAGUGUCAAAAGGGUGUAUCUCUGGAAAUUAGUCAAGUACCCUUUUUUGCAUUUUUAAAAUCUCCCAAUUAAUAUGCACAUUUCUGUCUAAGCUGUGUAUCUCUAGGUAUCAUGUGUCUAAAUGUUGUAUCUUGAUUUGUGGAAAUUUUGAAAUGCAAAUGGUUCUAUUUCUUAAUCUUUAGAAAUUCUUAGAUACACCCUUUUUACACUUCACCGAUGAUAUAUUUUUCUUUCUAGAGUUGUGUGUUUUUUUGAUUGUUUAUAUUUUUUCAUUCCCUAUAUACCAAUACAUACCCCUGUUUAUAUUUUUUCAUUCCCUAUAUACCAAUAUAUACCCCCUGCUAAAUUUGUAAUUGUUUUUCCAUGCCAGUUGUUAUAGUUUAUUGCUCUAUCUAGUUAUUGAAUGCCGCUAAAAUGUUAUUAAAAUAUUACGUUACUAUCAGAGGACUUGGUGAUCUCGUCUAUUCUAGUGUUUCAAUGACAUUUAGUAUUUGAACUGAAAAUACACAGGACACAAUUCCAUUGACAACAAUUACUGGUUUGUUAUUACUGGACGAUGUUUCCACUAGGCUUCUCUUCUAAUCACAAGGAGUAGGGUUGCCUGUCCAACCUCGCUUGAUAGUGUCCAUAUUUUAAGUUGUUUAAUGAUAGAUAUAGCCCUCGUGCUGAAAACGCACUCGUGCAAUAUCAAUAUAUUACUUAAUGUCUGGCACUCAAGCAUUAAACUAUGUGUAAUUGUACUAUAUAGACUUGUGUCCUGUUAGAUUCUAGUGUAUAUAUUGUUUUCUAUAUAUACAAUAUACUGUCCUGUAUUCCUGGGGCCGUAUUCACUAAAAUGUUUUAAAUAAACAGUUUAAGAAUGCAGCUUUUUAAUUGGCCAAGAACUAAAAUUUGUUCUAUGCUUUUAAUUUUUAGCCAAUGAGCUAUCAGUAUUCUUAAAAUAUUUAAGUUUAAGUCUUUGUGAAUAGGGACCCUGGGGACUUAUUCCUGAAAACCUAAACUAAAAUAUUUUAAGAAUGAUGCCUGUUGAUUGGCUGAAAGCGAAGAUAUGGCUAGAUAUGAAAAAUCUAUAUUCUUGAAAUAUUUUUUUUUAUUUUAAUUUAAGCGUUCAUGAAUAAGGCCCCUUUGUUUUUGUGUUUCCUCGGUUGUCUUGUAAAUUUUUAUGGCAAUUCAAUUGACUAGAUCUCUUUGGUUUGGGUAAAUAACGAAUUUGAAGUAUAGUUUUAUUUAUAUUUGAUUGGUUGAUUUGCAUCUAUAGGUAUCCAUUUCUAAUUAAAAUUUUAGGUCCAAUUGACUAGAUCUCUUUGGUUGGGGUUAACCACAGAAGUUUUGUUUUAAUUGUCUUGCAUCUAUAAAUAUCUGUUAAAAAUUUUGACCACAGACAGAGCUAAUAUUUUGUGCUUUUAGUAUACUUUUAUGAAUUCUGCCUGUAGUUUGGUGUGGCUUGCAAACUAAUAAAUAAAAUUAAUGGCCAAAGGUGGGGGGGAGGGGGGAAAGGGGGCUAGCCCUGCCUUAAUAUGACACUGUUGACGGACUGCAAUCUUUGACCAGCAGUCUUUUUUAAUUCUACGGUAUGGCAUGUAAAAUGUAAAAAUGGCUUAUUUUCCAUGUGUUGAUCCCGAAAUGGAUUAAGCUAAUGCAUUGUCUGUAGCAUUUGUUAUAAAUGUGUCCUAAAUUUAAUAUGGCCGAAUAAUAUACAAAUAAUCAAUUGCAUUUUUACUUGAUUAUUUUAUUUUCUUCAAAUCAAUUGAAAGUGUUUGUGGAGGGGAGGGUGGGGGUCAAAAAAGUCUAUCUUGCUUGUCAGAUAAGCUUUUUGUCAUGAUAUUUAUGUCUAUAUGAGCUUUCUUUUUAUUAUAAUUUUUAUAUUCUGUCAUUCUUUUUAUGUAUUUCGUUAAUUCAUACUCACAAUUAUAUUUUUAACCAUGUCGAUCUUGCCUGCUAUAUUUUCAUUUUAUUUGUAUUUCUGUCCACAUUUAUAUGCUUUUUUUUGUAUUUCAUUUAUUUAUACUCAUGAAUUAAUUAAUUUAUACUCAUGAAUUAAUUAAUUUAUCCUCAUGAACUAAUUAAUUUUUACUCAUGAGCUUAUUAAUUUAUACUCAUAAGCUUAUUAAUUUUUACUCAUGAACUAAUUAAUUUAUACUCAUGAGCUAAUUAAUUUAUUCUCAUGGGCUAAUUAAUUUAUACUCAUGAGCUAAUUAAUUUAUAAUAAUGAGCUAAUUAAUUUAUACUCAUGGGCUAAUUAAUUUUUACUCAUGAGCUUAUUAAUUUAUACUCAUGAGCUAAUUAAUUUUUUACUCAUGAACUAAUUAAUUUAUACUCAUGAACUAAUUAAUUUAUACUCGUGGGCUAAUUAAUUUAUACUCAUGAGCUAAUUAAUUUAUAUCCAUGAGCUAAUUAAUCUAUACUCAUAGAUGAAUUAAUUUAUACUUGUGAACUUUUUUUUUUAAAAAAUAAUUUUAUUCAGGACAUCUGAAUGGGAUUGAGGAACAGACUUAGCCCAUGUAAAACCUCUCUCCUGAAAUAAUUAAUUUCUAAUAACUUAAAUUGCAAUGGUGUUUGGACAUUCAUCUAAUGUGGUAAUUUGUCUUUCCAAAUCUUUGUCUUUAUGUAACUUAUAAUUUGUUUAUUUUAAAAUCGUUAUGCGUAUUGUCCGCUUACGCCAGUUAAAUGUAUGCUAGAUUGUCCUUUAAUCGAAAGAUGGCAUGGUCCUAGAAAAACCAUUGGGGAUUUUCAGGUUCGACAAGGAACAGUUUAAGCAAAACUAAGUUUGCCCGAUCACUCACCAUAGUUUAGCAGUAUUUCAGAUCAUUGUUCUAUAGGGUCAUCUGUCCAUCAUUGUUCUAUAGGGUCAUCUGUCCAUCAUUGAGGGUUUUCUCCAGGGUUCUUCCUAAUGCUAAAGACCCCUAUGCUCAAGCAAUUUAUUGAAAUAAAAUUUAAUCAUGUGUUAGUCCCGAAAUGACCUAGUUUGUAUCAAGUGGACGUUAAACCUCAUUUCUCUCUAUAUAUUUAUACAAUUUCACCUCAAGUACAACUUCAGUAAUUGAAUAUAUUAAACCAUGCUUCCAGAAUCUCAAUCAUUCCAAUCAUUUAGCAGGUGUCGAUAUAUAUAUAAAUAUGUUAGUCCUGAUUAAAAUCAGUCGAAAUUAUCUCCCCUUUGGCCACAACAAAUAGCAGCAAUUGUGAUGCUUUAGAUUUUACGGUCUGACAUCGAGUCAAAUAGGCUUGAUCUAAUUCUUAAGGCCAACUCAAGAUUUCGUCAUGGUUGCUGAGAUGUAAAUAAGGUUAGGGCCUAUGAUUGUUGGUGAGAUUGUAGGUUAGGGUAAGUGCUAGCCAUGUUUACAUAUUGUGACCUUUGACCAAGCUUGAAGUUGGCCUUAUGAAAUAAAUCAAACCAGUCCAAUAGUGUGGUUUCGAUCCUACCUGUAUCAAAAUGUGCUCAAUUUUGUUCAGUUCAGAACAAAUUUUUUAUACAGGUGGGCUCAACGCCACACUAUUUUGUUCAGAACUUUGUCUGCGAUAUCACCCAAGGUGGAAGCAGAUGUAAAACCCUACGAACAAUCUGAUUAAAACACAGAUCCUAUUUCGUUUCGUUUUUUAUAGUUCAAAAUUUCAUUUUACUUGUCUUUACUACACCAGGAACGGAAGAGUUGUUAUUUUACCGACUUUUUGGUUGAAGUGAUAAGCCAAUGAAAAGGUCUGUUACGACGACUUCUUGGCGUGCCAUGCACGGAACUGUGGGUAAACCACUAGAAACGUCAACGCUGAUUGAUUAAUCAAAGCCACUUGUACGACCCCUGACACAACCUUCCACUACAACCGGUCAGAUCUUCAUAUAGUGUAGGCCAUCGAAAAUAUAAAAAAACCGAAACGAAAUAUAGAUCUGUAUUUUGAUAAGAUUGCUGUACGAAUUAACAAAAUGUUCAGAACACUAUUUCUUGUAUUCAAAGUGAGGACAAUGUAGACUGGACUCCUGGAGAGAUAUAGAUGCUUAAAAUGUCUAAAAUGGGUUUUUCCACUUUGUUACUAUUUAUAAUGUAAAUAAGUUGUAAUCUUGCUUCAUAUAGAAACUUGUUAUUAUUUCACUUGUUUAUUGUAUAAUUUCUGACCAAUAAAAUACUUUUAUCCUU